UGUCUCCUCUGCAGCAGAGGUGUCCGCCUCCCGCGGCCGCCCGCUUCCUCCUCCUAUAUAGCUGUCGCUGAGCUUGAGCCGCCGCUCCAUCUCUCGUUGCGUUCCAGGUCCACGAACAAUCCAUUCUCGCGCCGGUUCGUUACUAAGAUCGCGCCCGCCAGCCUGUCAAGCUUCGAGUUCGAGGCCUCGCCGUUGCGGCCUCCAUCGAUCACAGAGAGAACGAUCCAUGGCGGCGCUGUACGCGGACCUCGACGCGCUCCGGGCGUCGGCGGCCGACGUGCGGAUCGUCACCUCGGACGGCCAGACCAUCGCCGCGCACUCCUACGUCCUCGCCUCGGCGUCGCCGGUGCUGGAGAGGAUGAUCGACGUAGCGCGGCGCGGCGGGCGGGGCGGCGGCGCCUGCACCGUCCGCAUCCUCGGCGCGCCCUCCGACGCCGUCCUCGCGUUCCUCCACCUCCUCUACGCCGCCCGGGCGGAGGAGGCCGUGGUGGCCGCGCACGGGCCGCAGCUGCUGGCGCUGGCGCACGCGUACCGCGUCGGGUGGCUCAAGCGCGCCGCGGAGGCAUCCGUGUCGGCGCGCCUCGCCCCGGGCGACGCCGUGGACAUGCUCAAGCUGGCGGGGCUCUGCGACGCGCCGCGGCUGCGGGCCGCGUGCGCGCGCCUGGCCGCCAGGGACCGCGCCGCCGUCGAGGCGUCCGACGGGUGGCGCUUCGCGCGGCGCCACGACCCGACGCUGGAGCAGGAGCUCCUGCAGCUGCUGGAGGACGCGGGCCGGCGCCGGGAGCGGUGGGCGCGGGGCCGGGCCUCGCGGGAGGCUUACCGCCAGCUCGCCGAGGCCAUGGACUCGCUCGACCGCAUCUUCGCCGCCGCCGAUGACGACGACGCGUGCUCCGCGGGCGGCGAGCCGUGCGCGAGGAAAGGCGGCGGCGGCGGCGGCGCAACGUGCGAGCUGGGCCUGCGGCUGCUGAUGCGGCACUUCGCCGCCUGCGCGCGCAAGGCCGCGCCGGGCGGGUGCGCGCGGUGCAAGCGCCUUCUGCAGCUGUUCCGCCUCCACGCCUCGGUCUGCGACCGGACGGAGCAGGACCAGCCCUGCCGCGUCCCGCUCUGCAGCCAUUUCGCGGCGAGGAUGCGGGAGGAGAAGGCGGACAAGACAUGGCGGCUGCUGGUGAAGAAGGUGACGACGGCCAGGGCGAUGGCCCGGCUGGCCGUCGGCAGGCGGGUGCCGGAGGUGGUGGCCGUGUCGUGGGCGAGGUACCUCAGCAGCAGCAAAUGGGCGAAAUUGAGAUGAAGAUCCAGCGCGCGGAGCGCAAUCUUCCAUCUGGCGUGCAAGACUUGGCCGUGAGCCCGAAAUCCUCGUGCAAAUUUUUGGCCGUUGGGCGACGGCAAGUUGCGAUGCCCAAUGUGACGCUGCCUUGAGCCGGUCGGGAUGAAAAUGUAGAGAGGAUAGGCUUGGUGUUUAUUUUUUUUAGAAGAGAUCAGGAGUUAUAGCAAUUGUAUAUAUAUCAUAUGCACUCAACUUGGAAAUUCGUAAGCAAUUUAUAUAUGUUCUUUGAUAA